CGUUCCUCGCGAUCGCGAUUUAAACCGAAUUACAUCGGAUCUCAGGGAUCGCUCGAUCCUAAACCGAAAAAACAAAGUAUCGACGAUUUUAAAGAUUUAAAGAUUCGAGGGUUCGUCGAACGAUCGACUCCGUUUUAAAGACGUUUGAUAAAAUCGAUAGAUCAAAUUGACACGAAGUUAUCGAGUCUCGAGAAGAUAUUCGAGCAGGAAUUACUACGUAAGAUCGUAUUUAUCAGACUUUUGUAAGAAUAAGAAUCGUCUUGGAGAGAAAAAGAGGCUGGAAUCGAAAGGGCGUUUCGUUCGAACGAUCGGCGAUGACUAACGAGCCGUAAGAUACGGUAUCUCCGAGGAGGCAGAGUUGGAUCAUCGAGAUAGAAGGCGACAACCCUUACACCUGUCCUGUUCGAGUGUCCGGUCCACGGACAGGGUAGAUCGAUCAUGAAAGUUUAAUUACGACGGAGAUAAUCCGAACAGAAGGGGGGAGAGAUCGGAUGACACGCGUCUCCUGCGAGCGCAGCGUUCGCCAAGGCUGGCAGGUGAAUGAUGCUGUUAGUCGUCGAUCGAUCCUGACACGGUGUAUCGGAUCGUCUGGUUCGCGAGGGCAGCGGGACAAGCUGCUCGCUCGCCGAGACGCGGUUUAAGGUGUCCCGGUUGCAUUCGUCGGCUGUUGUGGAACCAGCUGGUAAAGUUCGGUCCAGAAGCAAGCGGCAUACAAAUUUCCGUACGGUGGAAUAAAUAAAGCGCGUCGCAGAAAAACUGAGAGCCGAGAGCCGCGAGACGCUUUUACGGGCCACAGCUAUAAGUUGAAAAAAACUGACAAAAGAGAGGAAUAAAGAAGCAGAGUGGGACAAUAAGAACCGGUAGCACGGGAGGGGUACUCGUUGAAAAGGAAUUCCUCUUCGUUAAGUUAGCCGAACAGAGGAGAGGAGCGUUCGUGGCCCCUUGAUGGAAAGAGAAAAAGAGCGCGGCUAACUGAACGAAGGAACGAACGUUUCCUUUUUCUUCGUCUUCGUCGUACGAUUCUUCUUACAUCCUCUUCGUCUUCUUCGUCUUUCUCUCCGUGACCGCGUGUACGCGAAACGAACGAUCGAUCGAUCACGCUCUCCCCGUGGUUCCGCAAGAUCUCGACGGAGUUUUAACGCGAUGACGAUGAGCCGAUCGAUAAGUUCACGCCACCACGGAAUCGUUAACCGGACAAUAAGACGAUAUCCUCGCGUGAGCGAUUCCACGGCAAUAAUACGUCGCGUGAGCCGGAUAUCUCCGAUCGGCCAGAAAGCUCGGCUAUAAAACGCUCCCGUGUCGAUGAUUACGCCGCUUCGUUGGCUUUUUAAUUAGAAACCAGUCGCUAACGAUUCGAUAACUACGUUGCAUCGCGUUAGACAACGAUUAGAAUAGUCGAUUCUUCCUUGACGCUCUCCUGUAACGUGUACCCCUACUCUUACACGCAGUGAAUGCAAUUUCGAAGAAUCAAAGUCAACGACAGAGUCUGAAAGAGAUUGAAGAUUGAAAACCAGAAAGAUUAGCUCGUAAAAGUCAAGAGCGAAAGGAAAAAUUUAAAAGACGACGGAAGUCGAGAAAAGCUUGACAAGGAAGAGAAGCGAAACGAACGAGCGAUUUCAGCACGCGUACCGAUGCUGGUAUAAACACAUCAACCGGUGGACGUGUGUUGUUCGCGCUUAGUCACCGUUAAAGCGAACGACUCUCGAGUAUUUGGCGAUUGCAAACACUCUCGCCGGACCAGUUAAGCGGUGCAAACACUUUACACUGUCCAAAUGUUGGUCCCGCGGUUUAGCUGUUUCGCGCUUGUCCAGAGCAUGCGGCUUUGUUCCGACAGCUUCGCGAAGGUACACCGUGCACGGUGACUUUAACGAGGCUCCUCGUUGACGGAACGGAGAUUGCUGGUGCCGUUCGGCUAAUACGACGACUUUUAUAGACGCUGCAAUCCAAACAGACGACGAACUCUUGCAAUUUUAUCGCGUUUGGCGAAUAUAUGUAAUUUUGCAAUUACACGAUUGCGAUUUACGUAUGACGAAAUAACUAAGAAACGAUUUGUAUGGAAAACGGAUCAAGGAAUUAUUCUCGAGCAACUAAAAGCGAACGAAAGACGAAUUUCUUGGUACUUGGAUGUAAUAUUUAAGAAAUUGAAGAAAAAUGUGCAGAGGCUUUGAAAAAUAAUUUCCGAGCAACUUUAACGACGACUAAGAAGGACUUUCUUUUAACUUGAUCGUCGUUUUAUACGAAAAUAAGAUAUUUCGUAAAUCUCUAAAAAAUCGCGAUGGCUUGUGAUUGAAUUUUAAAGUACGUUUUAUACGCGGUAGAAGAAAUAAUUCUUUGAAAAUAUUCGAGGAAAGGACCUAGAACUCGAGGUAUGUAGAUCGUGUUUGUGUGUCGAGUUCCGUGCGAGAAAUCGUGCAAUGCCAUGCGAGAGGACCGUGAAACGCGUGUCAUGCCACUGAAACGACAAACAUCCGACGUGCAUCCGGUUGCCUGACUGCGGAAGCGUAAAACUCCGUCCCGUGUGCAUCCGUUUUAUGAAUUCAAAUAAACAAGGGGAUUGUGAUGUAAGAGAUGCGUUGUGGUGACAUCGCGGCAAUCGCGAUAGCCCUUCUCAUUCUUGGGCAGAUCCAGGGACCACGGCAAACUAGGGUGGUCGGAGCAGUGGUGGUUGGGGCGGCCGUCUGCGGGCGUAUUCCCGGACUGGCUAAGAGUCAACGGGAGCAGUGCAGAAAAGCGCCGCACGCGAUGCCUGCGGUGGGCGAGGGCGCGGAGCUUGGACUUCGCGAAUGCCGACAUCAGUUCAGACAUCACCGAUGGAACUGUUCCCACGUGGCGAACGAUCAGGUCUUCGGCCACGUGGUCGUAGUAGGAAGCAGGGAAGCAGCUUUCACGUACGCAAUAAGUUCAGCGGGUGUAACGUACGCCGUGACCGCAGCUUGCAGCAGAGGCAACAUCACCGCAUGCGGUUGCGAACCGACCGUAAGGACGAGGAAGGAGUUGCCGGCAAAUGGCUGGGAAUGGGGCGGUUGCAGCGCGGACGUCACCUACGGGAUGAGGUUCGCGCGUAGGUUUCUGGACGCGAGGGAAGUCGAGGGUGACGCGAGGAGCCUGAUGAACCUUCAUAACAAUAAAGCAGGACGGAAGAUAGUUAAAGCUCUGCUGCAAACAGAGUGCAAAUGUCACGGCGUGUCCGGUUCUUGCACCGUGAGAACCUGCUGGCGAACCUUGCCUAGUUUUCGUCAGAUCGGCGAUGCACUGAUGAAAAAGUAUUACAGAGCCAGGCCCGUGAUAGCGAUUACCCCACCGCCACCCCCUACGAUGCAGAGUCUAGAUACGUUGCAUUCAACGUCGGCUGAAAUAGUGCCGAUCUUGGGGAACGACGCGAAAACUCAGGGGAAACCAAACGACGUUGGAAAGACUCGACAGGAUCGACAACCCCCAAAGAAAGCAACGAAACCAAGGAGGCCACACUUGGUAUUGAAAAGGACAAAAUCAAGCGGGGGUUCAAGUGUGGGACAGAAAAGGAUUCCAAAGAGAAGCGACCUUGUAUUUUUACAACCCUCGCCUAAUUACUGUGAGCCGGAUUUAGCGCAAGGCAGUUUAGGAACCCAAGGCAGAUAUUGCAAUCGUACUAGCAAAGGUACGGACGGAUGCGAUCUAAUGUGCUGUGGUCGCGGCUACAACACACAUCAAUUCACAAGAACGUGGCAAUGCAGAUGCAAAUUUCACUGGUGCUGCCGCGUGCAUUGUGAAACGUGCACAGAGCGUACCGAGGAGUACACGUGCAAAUAAACGUAUUUCGAACGUAUUGGCGAUUUUAACCAUGUAAAUAUAUGUAGUAGACAUAACAAAUGGCGACGAGAGUUUCUCUACAUCGAUAUAUCCGCGAACUUUGUUGCAUUUCGUCAGAAAUUAUUCAACAUCGACCUCAAGAUGCUGUUCCUGUAAAGUUAACGAGCAUAAUAACGAUAAUCGACAAAGCGUUCCUUUUUCUGCUUAAUUUAAUCGACAUGUAUGCUUAAGACGACGAUAGAUACACGAUCAAAUUCAAUUUUUCUAAAGCUCUCGUUAUAUAAUGUGAUAGUCGAUAGUAUGUAAUUGUAGAGACGAUAUUCAGUCUGUAUAUUCAUGAUAAUAAGCGAUAAAAUGCGAAAGGUGAAUGGCGAACUGUCGAACGUUUAAUAAAGGAUAGCUUUGAGAAAUUCGAAGAGCUUGAGUUACCCGUUUUGAAACGAUAUAAAAGAAACUGAAUGAACCGAUUUGAUAAUAUUAAUUAUACGCGAAUAAUUAAGAUAACUUCGAUUGUUUGUCCAACAACUUAUUCAACCAUACACGCUGAGAAUUGAAAUAAUAUGUUGAAAAUAAUAAUACGGUUGAAAUAAAAAGGAAUAAAAAUAUCUUAAGCAAUAGAAAAA